AUUGGUCACAGUAUUUUGUAUACAGAUAUACUGUGAAUUGGUAUUCUUAAAGUGGUUGAUAAUUCCUAAUUCUAGUGAAACGAAGAGAAACUAAGAGGAAUGGCUGGAAAUCCUAAGCUAAAAAGAAGUGAUAACGGUUUGGUUGUCGAAAUAAACUCAAGUCCAUUCACUUUGGGAAGGUCAUUGAGUUGUAAUUAUGUGAUCCCUAUUCAAAGCAUUUCAAGAAACCAUUGCAGUCUUGAAAAAGUUAAUAACAGUUGGAUUUUGAGAGACACUAGCACAAAUGGAACGUGUAUAAAUGGUACAGUGAUAAAGUCUAAGGAUAGUCCUCCUUUAAAAGAUAGUGACAUUAUCGACUUGGAUAGACAAAAUGAAAAGUAUAUUUUCUACCAUUCUGCACCAACUGGAGAUAUAUCAGAUGAACAACUUUGCAGAAUAGCUGAUUCUCUUUUGGAUAAAGUCGAAGAAAUUCCGAAUCCUCAGUCAACUGUUCAGUCAUAUAAAACUGUACCAGCUUAUAGAAGUAUUCCUGCAUCUACAAAUGGUUCUCCUCAUGCAGGUAUAGUAGUUGUGAAUGAAGUGAUGACUAAAUUUCAACUGAAGAGGCUACUAUAAUUCAAUAUCCAGCGUGGUA